AUGGAAUCUCCAAGGGAUCAUGGAGGCUCUGAGGAGGAGGAGGAAUACAACAGUUGUGAGUCAGGGUGGACUAUGUACAUAGAAGACGCCUUCGGUGGAAAUGGCCAUUCCUCUAUUGUUGUUGUUGAUGAUGAUGAUGAUCCACAGGUAAAAGAGGCUGAUGAUGGUGGUGAUGAGGAGAGUGAUGAUUCAAUGGCUUCUGAUGCAUCCUCAGGGCCUAGCAAUCAACUUCUAAAGAACAUCAACAAACAUGCAGCGAGGGAGAACGUUUCUAAAAAAGUCUACAUUCAAAAACGCCAACACACAGAGAAAACUUUAAGCCAAGAAGAAGAAAAGUCAGAGGUCAAAGCUAGAACAAGAACAAGUGCAGCUAGUCGUGUCCAGAGUAAAGGCAAGGUGAGCAAAACUAAAUAAAACUCAUCAAGAUAUAUGGUGGAAUCCAAAUCCUGUAAUGAAGAGAGAGUCUCUCACCCAAGCCCUGUUGUUUGCCUUUAAUAAGCCAUGUGUGUAGGUAGUUGCAUUGUUUUCUUUUUUUUUCCAGAAUAUGUUCUUUGUUUUUUGGUAAAUGCUGUCACGAAUAAGUUAUCUGCACGUUUCUCCGUUAGAACCCUGUUAUAUCAUAUGAACCUUGUUCUUCA